AAUUGUGCACAAGGCGGGAAUGGGGCGUCGUUCACGUGGCGCUCAUCCUGCGCCAAGUUUCGGCGCCAGCGAGCGAGUCUGGCAUUGGCGCCAGUUCCAAUCUAUGCUGGACCAUCGCCAGCCACAUUUUUCAUCUUGCUUCGCACCCACCCAUCGAUCCUCAUGAGUCUGGAACUGGUGUACUUUGACGAGACGUGGCGCGCGGAGGCGAUCCGAUUGCUCCUGGCGUACGGCAACAAGUCGUUCGAAGACACGCGUCUAUCGUUCCCGGCCUACUCGGCAGCCAAGCCGACCCUCGGCCUGCCGUUUGGCCAGCUCCCCGUCUUGCGCACGAACGGGAAAACGUACGCCCAGAGCAUUGCGAUCGCACGGUAUGUCGCCAAGGAAGUCGGGCUGUACCCGACGGACAAUCUCGACGCCCUUGAAGUCGACUCGGUCGUGGACGCAAUCGUGGAAAUGACCAACGUGUUCGUCGACGCCGUCCACUCGAUGAAGGGCGAAGACCACCUCAAGGCGUCGAUCGUCCCCAUCAACGAAAAGAUCUUCCCGCGCAUCCUCGCUGGUCUGGAAGCGCGCCUGGUCGGUCCAUACUUUCUCGGGGACAAGAUCUCGUACGCCGAUAUAUUCUGGCUUGAUUUUUACCAACAAAUCUGGCAAGGCAACGCGGCACUGCUGACAGCGCGCCAGACGGACUUCCCCAAGCUCGUCCUGCUGGUCGCCACGUUGCGCGGAGCAGCGCCGCUCAUCGCGUACUGGGCGGCACAUCCUGCCAAGCCCGCAACGUCGCAUGCGUAGCUGGCCUAAGCGCGUACUGUGCAAGAUGAAGCUGUAGCUGCCGUCUACUACGUAACAAAAAUUAGUUUUGUCCAUGUGAGUGCUCUUGCUAGAGAAGGCAUGGGACCAGCUCAGACGAUCGCGUGAAGCUAUCGUUUGGCCCAACGAUUCCCAGAUCGUUUCCAAGAGAGGCGGGCCGAGGCACGGGAGUAAGGGCGUCGUAGCAUGCACGACCGAUCGCCAUGAAGGACGUUGGUGCGGCGUACACCGUCUGGCUGCGUGGCGCGAUGCUGGCCGCUCGUCAAGACUGUGUCUGUCGGUCAAAUUCGUAGGUGAUCUGGUGCCGACUCUGGCUGCCAAGUCCCGUCGAGAGCAAGGAAGACUGCCAAUUUGAACGAUUCCUGGACGUUCAAUGAUUCCACGACACCUCGGCACGCCAUCAAACUCGAACACGGCCGACGACCUCACACAACGAUCGGAAAUCGCUUCGACGACCUGACCAACAAGCCCGGCCUUGGUCGCAGCGGCCAGCUGCGUUGGGACGUGUUGGUUCUGUUGAGCGGCGACGCGGACGUGGC